AUGUCUUCUCAGAGUGGAAACGCGUGGGCGCAGAUGAAGGCUCGUGAGCAAAAGCAGCAGCAGGAGGCUGUCAACACCGACACAGUCGCUAUCCCUCGUAAGGGUCCAGUCAUGGGCCAUAGACCAACCAACUCCCGCAAGUCGUCGGGUCUCGAUUUCGACGCUGACCUGGCCCUUCCCAUGCCAAAGCCACGCCACGUCCCUGCGGAGGACAACGGCGAUCCCGUCGAGGCUUGCAAGCCGGAGGUCGUGGGCAAGCCCAACAUCACUAAAAAGCGUUCCGUCACCGAGCCAGCUCGGCCUGAAGACGUGUUCGAUAACAAUAAGGGCGACAACAACAAGAGUCAGAAAGAAAAAAUGAAAUCCAGAGUGGCUGCCCUCCGGUCUAAGCUAAGUCUCAAAGACCUUGCAAAGGAGUUCCGUAGGGACAGCUCUAAGAACGAGCCAGCAGCGGGCAACGAAGACGGACAGAUCCCUGGCGUGGAGACUCACGACUUCAGCGAAGAGAAGCUGUAUGUCCCUAAGCCGCGAGAGCCGGGAGUCUACCCAUCGUCUGCACCACCAUUCCCUUUUAGGGACAUCAGCUUUGGUCAGUUCUCCCAGGCUAGUGUGGAAUCUUGCGCUGUCGCUAGUUCCAUUGGAAAUGAUGAGCAGCCAAACAACGAAAAGUUGAGCCUUGGGCCCUUUGCGGGUGGAAACGGCAUGCAGAGCCCUGUCGAGCCAGAGUCCGAGCGGAAAAUGCAGCUUGAUGCCCUGCUGCUGAGUGGCUCUUCUCCUGCGGCCCGCACAGGCGAAUUCGAAAACAGUGGACAGGCGCAGGUCAUCAGAGAGCAAUCGAGCAUUCGCAGCCUGAGAGCGGAGAACGAAGUGGGCAGCCCUGCGUCGACAAAGAUUUCCUUCUACGCAGUAGAAGAAGAAUAUGCCGAUCCGAUCUCGCCGUCCAUCUACGACAAUGCCAGUGCCGAGAUGACGAACACCGCACCAGAUCUGCCAACUACCAAGCACAGACACAGACCGGCGGUGGUUAGGACGAAUGAACAUAGAUUCCCUGUGAUGCUUUCGACUGAUCAGCCAAGAAGUCUUCCUUUUAACCAUGGUCACGGCGGAGUUCAGCCUACCGUAAUGCCGGCAGCACCAGUAUAUCAACCAGCACUCGCACACUCGCACACCCAGCAUUUCAAUGCUCAAACUCACGCUACAGCUGGACAACAACACUUCGCUGGCGUUACAAGUCACGGAGGCUACGCUCCUCCUCCACCGCAUCCAGGCUACCGGAACACGACGAGCCUGGAACAGCAGCUCGCGUCUCAUACCGAAGCGGUCCAUCUCCAUAUUAACACCGCUCUUCAUAGAUUUUGCAGAGUACUUGAGAACUCGAACAACUGGUCAAAUGAUCAGAUUCUGAGACAGACAGACGCCAUGUCCGACGUUCUGCGUAUGAUCAAUACUCGCUCGGCAGGCCAAAAUGAGAUCAUAUCAGACCUGCACCGCGGUAUGACCAGUCUUGAAUGUCAAGUUGGGGCGAUUGAAAUGCAAAUAAAGCGUAUGGAAGAGAGGUUGUUGAUCGGUAUCUCGAACCAGAUCAACAGACUGAGAGGAGAAAUCAACGCGUCAAUAAGGUCGCCUCAGAAGACGUAUGCCUCCUGCAACUCAGCACAGGAUCCGAAGACCACAAGUGCUGAGUUGCAGGCCGCUCAAAAUACCCCAGUUGUGACCAAGGACAGUGAGAAACGACAGGAUAGAAAAGGUCAACGGUUUGUCAAGAAGGGACCCGCUCAAAACAUUCCGUCUACUACCGUGGCCUUCCGCAGCACACCUUUGAAGGGAGAGAAACGCCGAGAGUUCACAGAGUCUCAGGUGAGAAGGAGAAACCCUGCCCAGGAGUCCUCCGGUAGCCCUGAACCUAAGGUAUUCAAGCUUAGUCGUCAGACUGCAGCCAACUCUGUUCCUGAGAACGGUCAGAGUUCACUCAUCCAGACCUCACAAAAUCUUGAGAUAGAUGAUAAACCCACCAAUGAAGGUGUGAAGACCCCUCACAAGAAGGGGAUGUUUGGAUUCCGCCGCCGCGAUGAUGGUGAAAGUCACGCUGGCAACAGGUUCUUGCGCACCCCCCGUCGAAACAAAAAGACAAAGAACUCUCAAGAGCAGAACGGUUAUUCUUCGACGCCUCCCGUUCCGGCUGCUGCUGCCGGAGCCUCACAGCCUUCGAGCCUUGCCGACGAAAGCCCAAGCUCGAUUCAUCCAGCUUUGCGCAAUGACAGACAGCAGCAGAUCAUGCUUGAUCGGGAGCGUCUCAAAUCUCAGCCACGUACACAGACCGGGCAGGCGACCCCUGGAACCGAGAGACCUACCACGCAGAGACGUGGAUUUAGAAAUUCUCAUUCGCAUUCUCACCAGCACAUCGGCACCAGAACACCAACCGCAAACCACUUGCCCGCGAAUGCCUUCGCUGUUACACCCAGUUCGUCUUCGUCACUCCAUAGGGAUAUCCAGUUGCGUCCCCCUGCGGUGGUUCUGCCCCCUCGAGCACCUCCGAUGCGGCCGAGAUUUCCCUCUCCGCAUGGCGGCCCGCCAGGCGCUGCUUAUGCUGGUCGAACACCUCAGAAUCUACCUGCUUCCCUUCAGGUUGCUGGUCCGGUUCCUGUCACUGCUUCGGCUCCAAUGGGAACACAGGGCUGGCAGGCUGCAACUUGGCAUCACAGCGGAGCCUCGCCUGAGGGCAAUCAGAGCAACCCUCAUGCUUAG